UUGUGGGUGGUGGGGUUUGUUGUUGAUAUGGUCUCAGUAUGUGGUGCUGGCCUGUCCUGUGGUCUGUGGGGUACAUCUGUGUCAGAGAGUUUGUAUAAAGAAGGAGAUGUGAUCAUUGGUGGUCUGUUUCCUGUUCAUGUUGAAGCACCAGAGCCUGAGCAUGAUUUUAUACGAUUUCAGCGUGGAGAGCACUGCAAAAGUGUUAACCUUCGUUCAUACCGCUGGCUCAAAGCGAUGAUCUUCACAGUUGAGGAGAUAAAUCGGGACUCCGUCCUGCUGCCGAAUGUUACUCUGGGGUAUCUGAUAGCCGACACCUGCCUUGCUGAAGGCACAACCCUGAGUGCUGCUUUAGCUUUGGUAACAGGAAAGGAGGAGAAAGUGUCAGUAGAACAGUGCAAUGGAGCCCCGAUGGUGCCAGUCAUUAUCGGAGACGCCCGUUCUUCUGCCUCAAUGGUGGUGGCUGACACACUGGGAGUGUUUGAUAUCCCAUGUGUUUACAUGAAGCAACUGGUUAUUAAGGUGAGUUAUUUUGCGUCCUGUGCUUGUCUCAGUGACAGUCGCAGAUUUCACACUUUCCUGCGCACUGUUCCCAGCGAUGCCUUCCAGGCCAAGGCAAUGGCCCGUCUGUUGCGUCUGCUGGACUGGACCUGGGUCGGUGUGGUUGCAGGAGAUGAUGAUUAUGGUAAAAGUGGUUUGCAGCUGCUCUUAACAGAACUGGAGGGUACAGACUGUGUGGACUAUUUGGAGUUCAUUCCAAAAUCACACUCUCCAAGCAGAAUCAGGCAGAUUGUGGAGAGGAUCCAGAUUUCCACAGCUCGCGUCGUGGUAACUUUUGCCAUCGGCCCUGAUAUAGAGAUUCUGUUCAAAGAAGUGAAGGUGCAGAAUUUGACCAACAGGCAGUGGAUAGCUACAGAGGCCUGGAGCACUGCUACGCAGUUCUUUGACUUGGUGACCAUUCCUCUCUUGAGAGGCACAAUUGGCUUUGCCUUGCGCAGGGCUGAUAUUCAGGGUCUGAAUGCUUUUCUUGCCCAGCUGAGUCCUUUGAAGCAGACAAAUGAGCCUUUUGUAAAAGAUGUUUGGGAAGAAAUCUUUGGGUGCUCGAUGGCACAGGACUGGAAGCCUUCAUUUGACAAACCAAGAUGCACCGGAUUAGAGAAUGUUGAGAAGCAUGGUCGUAUCUACACAGAUGUUUCACAGCUGAGAGUCACUUACAAUGUGUAUAAAGCUGUGUAUGCAAUUGCCAAUGCCAUUCACAACAUGAUGCACUGUCAGCCUGGUAAAGGGCCAUUUGAACAUGGAGAAUGUCCUGAUGUGACCCAAAUAAAACCUGGGGAGCUUCUGCAGUACUUAAAUGCUGUAAACUUCACAACACCUGUGGGUGAUAGGGUCUAUUUUGAAGAUAACAGAGAGCCAUCUGCCUCUUAUGAUAUUAUGAACUGGCAUGUAGAUGAAAGUGGAACAGUGAAUUUUGUCCAUGUUGGACAAUUUGAUGUAGCAAAAGGAGCAGGUCAGGAGCUGAACAUAAACCUUGAGCGGGUGGUCUGGGGAGGAGGCUGGGAUGACCAGGUGCCUGUGUCUGUGUGCAGUGUGAGCUGUCUCCCGGGCAAUAGGAAAGCUGUACAAAAAGGAAAACCUGUCUGCUGUUUCGACUGCCUCCCUUGUGCUGCAGGAGAAAUAAGUAACGUCACAGACUUAACAGAGUGCAUUAGGUGUCCAGAACGCUUCUGGUCAAACCCCGAGAGGACAAAGCGCAUCCCAAAGGUUUUGGAGUUUCUGUCCUUACAAGAUACAAUGGGAGUUGUCCUGACCGUAUUAUCUGUGACUGGGGCAACACUGACCACAACUGUUCUGGCUGCCUUUUUCCAUCAUCGUGACACACCCCUCGUGCGGGCCAACAACUCCGAGCUGAGCUUCCUUCUGUUGGCAUCACUCACUCUCUGUUUCUUCUGUGCACUUGUUUUUAUCGGUCGUCCUGCGCCGUGGAACUGCAUGCUACGUCACACCCUGUUUGGAGUGAGCUUUGUGGUCUGUAUCUCCUGUGUCCUCAGUAAGACUGUGGUGGUGCUGGUGGCUUUUCGGGCCACUCUGCCUGGAUCUAACCUGAUGCAGUACUUCGGGCCUUUCCAGCAGAGGGCAGGCAUCUUCUUUUGCACACUGGUUCAGGUUGUCAUAUGUUUGCUUUGGCUGUUGUUGGCUCCUCCUUUGCCCACAGAGAGUUCAGGAGGAGAGUUUGGUGCUCGGGUGAUCCUGCAGUGCACAGUUGGAUCAUCAGUGGGAUUUGUACUGGUGCUGGGCUACAUUGGCCUGCUUGCAGUGGUCUGCUUUCUGCUGGCCUUUCUUGCUCAGAAACUUCCAGACAAGUUCAAUGAGGCUAAAUUUAUUACUUUUAGCAUGCUGAUCUUCUGCGCUGUGUGGAUCGCGUUUGUUCCAGCAUAUGUCAGCUCACCCGGCAAGUACACAGUGGCUGUGGAGAUUUUCGCCAUUUUGGCAUCCAGUUACGGCCUGCUGUUGUGUAUCUUCACCCCAAAGUGUUACAUCAUUCUGCUUAGACCUGAGAAAAAUACCAAAAAGAACAUGAUGGCCAAAUAG